AUGCUGUCUCAGUCCGGUCUGCAAGCCGUCUGGAUUUCUACAAGCACGGAUGUCCAUGCGAGUCAGUCACUCUCAGCCAUUGCGAAAGGAAUCCACGUGCUUUGUGAAAAGCCUCUGAGUACUGAUCUGGUCGAGGCGCAAUCGGUUGUCGACGCAGCAGAGCGCAAUCCAUGGAUCAAGGUGAUGGCUGGAUUCUCCCGACGGUUUGACGCUUCCUAUCGCGACGCAAGCACGAAGAUCCAGGAGAAGGCGAUCGGAUCUCCAUUCAUGGUUCGAUCUAACACCUGCGAUCUGCGCGAUGAAUCUGGAUUCUUUGUUCGCCACGCGUCUCGGAACGGUGGUAUUUUCGUCGAUUGUGCGAUUCACGACAUUGAUCUAUCGCUCUGGUACCUUGGCAACCCAAUCCCUAAGGCGUGCUGGGCAGCCGGCACCCUUCAGCACCAUCCUGAAUUGAAGGAUCUGAAUGACGUGGAUAAUGCCGUGGGUGUCGUGGAAUUCCAUGGAGGCAAGAUCGCAUACUUCUACUGCUCGAGAACUCAAGCCCACGGACAUGAUGUUUGCACCGAGGUCACUGGCACAGAUGGAAAGUUGAUGGUGAAUGUGAUCCCCAAACAGAACAAUGUGGUCUUGGCCGACAAGCUGGGCAUGCGGCACGAGGUUCAGCCAGAGUACUGGCAGCGCUUCGAGGACGCUUUUGCGAGGGAAGCCAACGAGUUUGUAGACUCUGUGCUAAACAACAAGCCGGUUCCUGUCUCACUGGGAACCGGAAUCAUGGUCAUGAAGAUCGGACAAGCGCUGCAGCAUGCUUUGCUCACUGGUGAGGUGGUGAAGUUCAACGAGCGCGGAGACCGGUUGGAUUCUCGGCCAUUCCAGGGAAAGCUCUGA